AACCAAAAAUACCCUUCGAAAAGUUUUACUGAUGACUCUCGACUCUCCCGGUUGAUGCGACGUCUGCUCAAGGAGAGUGAUAGAGACCGGCGUCUCAAUGCUGCCAAACAGCUGAAAGAUCAUUUACAUUCAACUGAUGGAGUAAAAGAUGUAACAGAGGGCCAGGUUGCUGCAAAAGUAACUGAAGAGUUACUUGCUGCACUUCAAGAUCUUUUCUAUGAAAGAAUCUAUAAAGAAAUAAAGUAUGAGGUUGCUUUAUGUAUUGGAACAGUAGGCAGUAUAAUGGGACCAAAUGCUGAUAGAUAUUUCCAAUGGUUGUUUGCCCAAACCAACAGUGCCACAGAUGAUGACAUCAGGCAGCUGUUUCUUCUAGCAUUACUUGAGACUUUGAAAUGUGAUGAGAAGAAGCAAACAUUAGCUGAUUUCAUGCAGAAUGUAAUGGCUAAUGUGCAGACAUUGUUGGAAAAUGCUGACAGUGCUGAGAUUCUCAUUGCUGUUGUCAACAUAAUCCAGCAGCUUUCAAAGGUCUACCCCCAUGUGUUCAACUCUCACUUUAGGGAUACAGUUGACAUCUUAGUUGGUUGGCACAUUGACUUGACACAGAAAGAAAGCCUCACUGUGUACACCUCAGAAGCUUUAGUUAGUUUCCACCAGUUCUGGAUCAGAGAUCUGUCUUUUUCUAUAACUCUCCUUGGACAAUUUCUUGAAGACAUGGAGGCAUAUGCAGAGGACUUGAACCUGCAAGUGAAUGGACAAAUAAUGACUGAGGACGAGAUCCCAGCCGUAUCAGAGUGCAAUACUAAAAUUUCUGCAUUACUCAAAGUUUUUACAACAGUCGUUAGAAGUCUUGGAGAUAGUUUCUCACCAAACAAAGGGUCAACUAUAUCAAAGGAAUAUAUAUCGGAAGUCUUAGAGAAAAUUAUACGCAGUGUAGAGCAUGCAAGUAGAUUUGUAUUUUCUGAACGGGUCCGUAUUGUUGCAAACUAUUGCUUGACCCUGUUGGUGAAUCAGUUACAGUCUAACCUGGUGCACAAUGUUGAAACUCUACUGCCUUACAUCACUUCUCAAAUCACAUUGGACAGAUAUGUCAGUGAUAAGUUUGUCUUGUCAUUGUUAGCUAUCAUUCAAAAGGUGGUUGAGUUUGUGAACUUCAACCUCCCAGUGCAUUUCAUCAGCACCCUCCUUGGACCAAAUUCCUUGUUACAGACAUUACGCUUUUCCCACCAUGAAGAGAUAUGUAUCCAACUAAUGACAGUCUACCAUGGAGUUAUGAGUUUAAAGAAUGUGCCAUUACUAGAAGAAGCAUACAGGAAUGUGGUUGGAGACAUUGAAGUUGCUUACAACAGAUUACUGAGAGAAUGUGGGGAGGAGGAGCAGUUCAUCAUUGUAGAUAAUGCUUUUGCAAAGAAAGAAUAUAAUGUCAAACAGGCAGAAACUGUACUGGUCUUCAACCUUGCUGCUCUAGCUGAGAUCUACAACACCAAGAAUAAUCUCAUUGUGAUGUGGGCACUGACACCAAGUAUAUUUGAUCUUCUUAUCAAACACCUUCAUCCCCUGAACCAGCCCCUAGUAGACCGUUAUCCUGCAGUCCAGUAUGCAACCAUUCAUUCUCUUUAUUCACAUUGUACCAGACACAGUAACUUCAUUUCCAGUAGCAGUUUGCUGACUCAAAACACAGCUUUGGAAGGGUCUGUGCUAGCAGGUGUGAGUCCUGCUACAUCUGGUCAUUUUACAGCAAUACUAAGGCUUCUUGUUGACAUACUGUCUCUGAAUAUGGUCACCUAUGACUGCAAAUGCUUGUGCCUCAAGUGGUGUUCAGAAAUUGCCAACACUCUCCAAACAAGCCAAAAUGUAUAUCUGACCACAGAAUUUGGAGAAUUAUUAAAGGCAUUAAUAUGGCUGGGUUAUGAUCAGGAACACCAGAUUUGUCUGAGCGCAUGCCAGUGUCUACACAAUGUGUUGAAAUCAAGCCCUUCCAUUUCAGAUGACAUCUUAAUUCGCUGCGUUGAAUUGUGUAUCUAUCGUCUAACUGACCAUCACAAACAUGUUAAAGAUGCCUACAGUUCCCUGUUGAAAGCCAUCCCUUUAAAUCUAACAGCAUGCCUUUCUACUUUGGUGAGGCUGGAAGAUGGGCUACAGACAAAAACUAGCUGCAAAGUAAGAGGUCUUAAAGCCGCUUGGUUGGCCCGCCGUCAGCACAUAUGCCGCACACAGCCAGCUAUAUUUCAUUCACACAACUUUAGACAAGUCAUGGCUUACAUACUACAAAACAACAUGCCAAGUACAUUUGGUUCGUUAAAUUGGUUGGAAAGUAUGUUCUUCAGUCAAAUGUCAGAGAAAGAAGAGGAGAAAAAAGAUGAUGCUGUGACACUAGCAUCUUUGGUGAGCGGGAAUUAUGCACUGCUGUGGUUCUGGUCAACAUGGGAAGCUGCCCAGUUCUGUGUCUUAUCUCGCCUGAGAACUCCUCUAGGCAAACCACAAGAGACAUUCACAACAAUUGAGAGCGUCAUAAAAGCUUAUGCAGCUGAAAUCCGAAACAAGGGAGAUUUAGAAGAUGGCCUGAAAUCCUAUGAUCCCAAGAAAGGUGAGAAAAAUGCAGACUACAAUGCUUCAGUGCGAGUGCAUCUCCUGCUGCAGUUUAUGGAACAUUUAGAGAAACAACUAUACAAUGCUUAUGAAGGUUGUGCAGUUGCAAUGUCUGCUGCACCAAAGCCUGUUCGCACAUUUUUCCGCACUAAUAAAGGUACUUGUCAAGAAUGGUUGAACCGUAUCAGAACAUACAUAAUGAUGAUUGCUCUCCAUUGCGGCAUGCCCUCUAUGGUCAUACGACAAGCCUCUGAACUGUUGUGGGAACUUAAGGAAUCAAAUAGCUCUCAGGGGAGUGAGUUUGAACACAUAAUUAUAUACAUGGUUCAGGCAUUGGUAGAAUUAAAAUGCCCUGAAGCUGUACAAGGAAUUUACAAUUGGUGUAAAGAUGUUAUUGGACGUAAAGUUCCUUGGAUAAAAGCAAUGAUUGAAAAAGCAUGUGGCAGAUAUGAACUUGCUGCAAAAGAAUGCAAAUUGUUCUUGAAAAGUGCUCUUACCAAAGAAGGUGAAGAAAGAAAAGUUGAUUCCCGUUCUUCUUCACCAGACAUCAACUCUCAUAGUGGUGAGGACUUGAAUCGAAAAGUAAUAUUGACUAAAUUUGUAGAACCAGACCGGCUUCUUAUACACUUUAUCAGUAAUGAGGUAACUGAUUGCUACAUGCGACUCAGUGACUGGGAGAGUGCACUUGAGUGGCAGGAUACAAUGCAAGAAUAUCGAGCUGAUACUAGUUUAGGCUCACUGAAUAAGGCUUUCUCCAGUGCUGUUGACAUAAACUACAUUAAAAGUCUUGGCUGUUUUGAGAAUGGUGACUAUGAAGGAGUGAGAAGUAGCAUGGAGUUAAUUCCAGGAAUGUCAUUAAGUGAAUCAAUACUUAGCAACCAGCAGCCAAUGGGAUUGUUGUGGAGUCCUAAACACAGCUUGGAACAUGCCCACAAGCAGUUUGUUCGUGUAGUUACUUUGUUACAAGAGCAGAACAAAUCUAGCACUCUCAAGAGUGAAAUGUCCAAAUGUCUUGACCAGUGUGAACACUUCCUGGAAAACAUUUUGGUUGUCCAAUCUUUGCAGUGGCCUACAUUUGUACCCAGUGAAUAUAUUGCAGAAUUGGACAUUAUUGCUGCACUGAAGAAGCAACUGGAAGAUAAACGAGGAAAGAUGGCAUUGGUUGCUCUGAGUGAGAAAUUAGUCCUUGACGAAGCUGAUCAAGAUGUUAGCACCUAUUUACAAGUGAUGAGACUGUUAAACUUACAGAACCACAUGCAACCUGGAAAUGACAAACGCUCAGACGGCAACACCCAGAUGAGUCGAUUGUACUUAAGUACAGCUUCCCUGGCCCGGAAACAACACAAUCACAAACUUGCAGAACGCCUUCUACAACAACACAUCAAGAGUUUAACAAAGAAUCCCGAAAACGGGAAGCUCCCUUUGUCAGACGGAGUGCUCCCUGCUCUCGUUAAUUUACAUGCCAACAGCAGUGGACUCAGCAUUCUUGAUAUUCUUAAAGUUGAGCGGGAGUAUGCCAAGCUUCUCCACAGUACAGGCCAGAAUAAAGAGGCUCUCGAUGUUGUAAGUAGCAGCAUUGCACAUUUCCAUGAAUGGGGCACUGAUAACUGCAACAGCACAGCUAGUGGCCUCACUGGUGAGAGCAUGGUUGUGUCAGCAUUGCAGAAGAUCAAAGAUCGGGCUCAACAAGGCCAAUGCAGGGAACUGUGUGCCCGUUCCUUACUGACUUUAGUCAAAUGGCUCCAGUUGGAUCACAAAACUCUAGCAUCAAUCAGCAGUCAGCUGAAGUCACCGCCUGCUGUUGGAGAGACAACAACUCUUGGAACUUGUGUGCGGAAUAUUAGGCUGCUGCUAGAAAUGGAAGAUAUGAAAGAAACCAUCGACUUUGAAACUCCAAAUGUCGAACCACUUGAUAAGAAAGGGUUGCUUCUAAAUGGCAGCUCAUUUCUGUCUGAUUCUGAUGCCAUCAUUGACCGCUUGCUGCGUCUGAGCACAGCUAAGUCUCCCACCUUAGCUAAAGCUUGGUUUGCCAUGGCUAAUUGGUGUUAUAAAUGGGGAAGGAAAGCUGUUGAUAAUGCAAGCCAUGGUUCAGUGGAAUUACUGGAGGAAGAAAAACAACAAAUCCUGUCUCUUCUCCCUGCUAAUACUGAGUCAAGUGAAAGUGAUAAGGUGAUGAGUGUGUUAAGUAAAAUACAUACCCCUAUCUCCAGUGAAGAGGACAUCAGUGAUCAAGACCAGAGCCUGUAUGAUGAUGGUACUGAGACAACUCGCAAACAGCUGGUGUCUAGCUGCACUUCGCUGCAAGUAGUUUCUGAAGACUGUAUUGGUGGCCUGAUGGAUGUUUGGAAAGGUGUGGUGCAGAGAGUUUACCACUAUUACCAGCUUUCAGUGAAUGCAUAUUUCAGAUACCUGCAACUUAACGCUGGGUUGCAGACUGUCAGUACUUCAUUUCAUGCGAAGACUGAUGAACCAAAUGAAGACAUCAACAUAAUUGCUACCUUACGCCUACUGCGUUUGUUAGUGAAGCAUGCCUGGGAGUUGCGCGAUGUCCUAGAGACAGGUCUGGCUGAGACACCAACAGCUCCUUGGAAAGGUAUUAUUCCACAGUUGUUUUCUCGCCUCAGCCACCCUGAAUCCUACGUCCGCCAAAGCGUAUCGGAUCUUCUUUGUCGAGUGGCUGAAGAUGCCCCACACCUCAUAGUUUACCCUGCUGUGGUUGGCUGCUCUGUUAUCAAGAUAGAUGUGAAGGAAACCACUCGAGAUGGACUGCUGAACAAUUACCUGGCACAGAAUGAGGAGGACUGUACAGAAGUGGGUGUGGUCACUGAACAGGAUUCUCAAGAGCAUACUGAUGAACAAGACGAUGGUAACAACCUGACUGAUGACCCAACCAAUACCAUCAUGCAGACAUGUCUCACGGCCAUUGUGGAUACAUUGUCACAUCAUAAUUCAGAAAUGAUCCAACAAGUGCAGCAAUUUGUCCAAGAACUGCGUCGUAUCACAUUGCUGUGGGAUGAACUGUGGCUGGGUACCUUGAACCAGCAUCACCAAGAUGUUACCAGGUACAUAAACCAACUUGAUAAUGAGGUCAAGAAGGUGACUACCAACAAAAACCUGUCAAAAGAAGAGAAACUUGCCAUUAUCAAAGAGAAACACAAGACAAUCAUGAAACCCACUGUUUAUACUAUGGAGAGAUUAGUUGAUGUCACAACACAAGCAGCAGAAACCCCACAUGAACAGUGGUUCCAGUCUACUUAUGGACGCACUAUUUCGGAAGCUUUGAACCGUCUCAAGAACCCAACAAAUCCUAGUAACCCACAUGUUAGCUGGCAGCUUUUCAAGCAACUUCAUCAUAGUCUGCAGCAGAGAGCACAGAAAAGAAACAGUCUCUUACUAAGAAUGGAUGACAUUAGUCCAAAACUUGGUAACAUGCACAAAUCUGAAAUUCCUAUGCCUGGUCUCAGUAUUGCAGGCAAGAUUGUCACAAUCAAUUCCAUAAGUCUCAAUGUCCAGAUUCUGCCAACCAAAACAAAACCAAAGAAACUUGUAUUUAUUGGAACUGACGGUAAAAAAUAUCCUUACUUGUUCAAGGGUCUUGAAGAUUUACAUCUUGAUGAACGCAUUAUGCAAUUUCUUAACAUUGUCAACAGCAUGUUUUCUAAUGUCAAUAAGGGUUACCCAGCCAUGUACCGAGCACGACACUAUUCUGUUACACCACUAGGACCCCGUUCGGGUUUGAUUCAGUGGGUAGAUGGUGCCACGCCUUUAUUCAGUCUUUAUAAGAAGUGGCAACAGAGGGAAUUGAUUGCACAUACCUUGAAGCCCACCAGUUCUGUACCUGGAACAACCAAUGUUGGCUCACUCAAUGCCACUGCUACUAACCCAGUCAUGCAAAGACCUAGUGAUAUCUACUACAACAAAUUAACUCCAGCUCUGAAAGAAAAGGGGAUUGUCAACAUGGAGAACAGAAAAGAAUGGCCUUUAGCUAUUCUUAGAAAAGUUCUGGAAGAACUGAUGUCUGAAACUCCAAAAGAUCUCCUUGCCAAGGAGCUGUGGUGUGCUAGUACUGGUCCCAGCGAAUGGUGGCACAAAACUCAAACGUACGGCCGAUCCACUGCUGUCAUGUCCAUGAUUGGUUACAUAAUUGGUCUGGGGGAUCGGCAUCUUGAUAAUGUCCUGGUUGAUUUGUCCACUGGGGAGAUUGUACAUAUUGAUUACAAUGUGUGUUUUGAGAAGGGCAAGGGGCUACGUGUCCCAGAGAAAGUACCAUUUCGUAUGACCCAGAACAUUGAAACAGCUUUGGGAGUGACUGGUAUUGAGGGAACUUUCCGCACAGCCAGUGAACAUGUCAUCAAAACAAUGCGUAAAGGACGAGAAACCCUCCUGACUUUACUUGAGGCAUUUGUCUAUGAUCCUUUGGUUGACUGGACAACAGGCAAUGAAGGGGGCUAUACAGGUGCCUUCUAUGGUGGAGGGCCUACUGCACUGACUAACUUGAAUGAAGGUCGACAAAGCAAAAAGGACAUGGAACGUGACAUAACAAUAAGCAUGUUUGCUAUACGUGUAGCUGAGAUGAAAGCAUCAUGGUUAAAAAACAAAGAAGAUAUGUUGAUGGCGCUUCCACUACUGCAGGAAAUGAUGCAAGAUUGGGCACAGCAAACAGAUGACUUCCAGUUAUGUACAGCAACACUGAAAAGUCUUGAAGACCUGCAUUCUAUGUUGACUGAAGCACAGUUGGACAAAAACCACUCCCUCUACACUUUAGCUGAAAGAUAUGCUGAUUAUUCUGUUGUAAAAAGUACUCGAGAGGCAGUCCAAACAACAAUACAAGAGAAAAUUGCUGACUUCAAUCAUGGUCAUGCUAGCCAUAAGGUUGUAUUGCAGAAUGUUCAAGGACCUGUUUUCCAAAAAAUGUUUGCAGAAGCAACAAAACCUCUGCAGUUAGGUGGUCCUAGUUUUUCAGCUGCCACUAAGUUCUUGCAAGCUGCUGGACAAGGGCAAAUUGUACAACAGUGUGAGCAGCUUGAAAGUGAGUUAGUGAGUUGUCUGGAGAAUCAGCGAAGCAUCUUACAGUCUAGCUUGGACAUUCUCAACACUUAUGCUGCCAUUGUCGGACAUUUUGGAUUACCAUUUUCUGAGAAAAGCCGAACUAGUAACUACCUCACCUGGUUGCAGCGUUUAUUGAGAAACUUUUCCUCAGACAACUGUUCAGAAAUUGUUGAUGAGUUUGAUGAGAUGUACCGUAAGAUGUGCACCAACUCCGUUAGUAGCCAACCAGUCCUGAAUGUUGAGAUGAAACUGCAGACAAUUAUCAACAAUACCAACAGUCGUCUAGUAAAGCUGGUGGACAGACGUAGCCUGGAGAGUACUGACACUGCUCAGCUGGAAAUUAUGCUUAAACAGGCUAUACAUUUGAUACACAAUUUCAUUGAAGAACAUGGCAUCGAAGGUAUAAAAAGUCUCACUUGUGUCAUAGUAACCGCUCUUUGUUCAUUUAAUAAACGUUACUUAUUGAUGGAAGGUGCUGCUGUAGGGGCUGGUGAUCGCUUGAUGGACUUGACGUCCCGUGACGGGGACUGGUUCCUGGAUGAGCUUUGCAGCAUGAGUGGCAAUGUCAACCAGUUACUGGAGAUUCUCAUUCAGAACUCUGUGGCUGAGACUGAACUGGAUAUCCGUCAGCUUCAUAAUGCUCUCACAGCAACACACAAAACAUAUAUUGCCCUGCAUGAACUAAAUGUGAAUUUUCGCAGUAUAAUUAUCCCUGAAGCUCUAAAAACAAUCCAAGCUGAAGAAGAAAGUGUUUGUAUUGCUCUUAAAUCUCUUAACGAAAUGAUUACUGACGCAGGUUGUCCCUUAGAACAACUUGUACAUCAGGUGGAAAUUCUUCACAGGAACAAGGUGAUGGGAAUUGAAAAUACUAACACAGACAUAUUGGAGGUGGUGCUGAAGCUGGAGAAUCGGUUCAAGGAGUUACUCAAAACAGCUGAUACCGAGCCAGCCGACCUGAGCCCAGGACAAAUGCUGCUGAUGGCCUUCAAUGGGCUCUUCGUCAAAUUGGAGACUGAGUUUGCUGGCUUCCUGGAAAUUAUGGAGGGGAUGGAAAUUACUGACAGUUGGAAGAAGGUUGACAUGAUCAAAGAGGCUAAGUCUUUCCAGCUGUCUUCUUUCACACCUGAAACACGGGAGUUGAUGACAAAUCUGUUUUUUGUAAAACGACUUCAAGCUAUGCAAGAUUUCUUCCAAAUGUGUCAACAGUUUUCUUCAGUUCUUGAUAGUUCUUCUGGCAAUGUGUGUUUUGAUGAUGAACAACUGGCAAAACCUGUCAAGAAGUUUAUUGCAGACUAUGUUAGGAAACAGGUUAUUGGUUUCCCAUCUCAAAUUCUCGGCUACAUAAUCUGCAUUUACAUCAAUUCAAUGGGUUUGAAUGUAACUGCUGAAAUCGAAUCGAAGGACGUCGGUGCUGAGUCAAAAGUGCCAUUGGAUGACAUGCGCAAGAAAGCAGUGGAUGCUUGUCUUAAAAAUGGCCACUUCAAACAUGUGCAGUUCACACAGGCCAGCUCAUUAACCAGUUCACAGGAAUCAACCUGGAGGAAACAUGACCUAGCCAGGCGCCUCGAUGAAAACAUUGCACUAGUGAAGGCCAGUCUACAGAGAGUGCAGUUGCAACUAGCUCGCUAUCAGUGGCUCCAUGAGGAUCUCUUUAUCAAUGCCCGAGGCCACCACAACCAGAUGGUGAUGCCAAGUAGAGCUACAAUUAUGUCAGAAAUGCGGAAGAGUACGUCCUCUUUGAUUAGUCAGAAAAACAAUUUGGCUUGCUGCAUGGAACGCUACAGUCAACUGGAAGCCAGCAUUGGCCAGAGACUAAGGUGGGCUGCUGGUGCUAACCCCUCACUAAAUCUUGUAAUGAGUCAGUUUGAAGAAGAUUCUACUGCAAGAAAAACAGUUUAUGAGAUGGAAAGUAAAUUGGCCUCUGAUGUAGUGACUAUGUGCCAAGGUAUCCUGCAUUUCGAAGCCUUCCGCACUCGCACGCCUGAAGCCUUGACAUCUGAUAAUAAUUUUAUGAAUUUGAUCAACAGAUGUCGAGAAAGUUGUGUGCUUGCUGAAUCCACUGCAAGUUCUGUAACUGAUCAAGAAGAGCUGCUGAUGCUCACCAAGACUCCAUGUAAUGGACAGCCUAUUGACGAAAACUAUGUGAAGACUACACUAGAGACUAUUUCUGAGGAAAUUUUGGAAGUGAAAUCCAAAUUCCAUAGAUUAAAAGAAUCUUUGGACGUUGCCAAGGAUAAUUUAACCCACCAAGUCAGUGCCAUCAAGGCUAUAGUGGCUUCCCAUCAUAAGCUGAUGUCAGAGAUCCGUACCAUUCUGAAGUCAGUAGCAAAGCUUGAAGAACAAGAUUAUGGCACCACACCACAACCUGGUAGCAUUCGAGAUUACCUAUCAACUUACAAGAGUUUCUCUGAGAACCUAGCCAUGGCCCUCAAACUAGCUGUCAGUGAAGAUGUUUGCAAGGAAGAUAUGAGGAACGCUGAGAAAGUGAUUGACUAUUUGAAAACCUUAACUAUUGGAAUUUAUGAUAACCUGAUUUCCUUUGCUCCCCCACUUAUCUCUGAGAAGGAUUGGGACGAUGAAGAAAAUGGAGCAAUGAAUUUUGUGUCUGCCCUGAAGAAACCAUUGGACAAAGAGCCUUGUCUGCUGAAAAAGAUGACCCCUCUUGGGAGAGAGUUGUUUACUGGAACUCCUCCAGGUACUCCUCAAUCAGGAGUAGCAAUUAAAUCAAAUAUUGGCAGUGUCAAAAAAAUAGAAAAAGUGUCCAGGGAUCCACGUACUGGUAAAGCUAUCCAAGAACGCAAUUCCUAUGCUGUAAGCGUGUGGCGGAGAGUAAAGAUGAAAUUGGAUGGACGUGAUCCUGAUGCUAAUAAACGUCUGACUGCUCAGGAACAGGUGGAUUUUGUUCUGAAGGAAGCAACCAAUUUGGACAACUUAGCUGUCUUAUAUGAAGGCUGGACACCCUGGGUUUGAACUUGGAACUUCACGCAUUGCCUCUAUUUGAUUUCAACUCAUCGAAGCAGUAUCCUCAAGUGUCCUGAAUCCCACCGCAUCAGUGUGCUGCCGUAACAGUGUGAUUUCCACUGGAAGCAUCAGCAGAGUACCUACCAACACCACGUGUGUGUAUGUGUGUCUGAGAGUGUGUGCAAAGUACGUACCACUGAAUGCAGAAGCGGCAUUGGGUUUAAGAGAGACACUACUCCCUCUGAUGAAGAAAGAUUAUGCUAAUGCAUGACAGCUAUAGACUCACCAAAUUGGUCUAUGGCCUUCUUGUGAUGCUGCAUGCCCUAUUACGAAGUCUCAUCACGUGUAACCAUCAGAAAUAGAAAAAUAUAAAACAAAAAUGGCAAGAGCAAACCCAUCCCAAGAAAGCAGGCCCGGCCGAAGGGCCUCUUAAUAUAAAGUCAUUUGCUUUUGAGUAAUGAAGCUGAUCAACAUGCUAAAUUUGCGAGGAGUACCUAGCCCAACUAGUACUACACCUCAAAAAAGCUACUAGCAGCUAAGUGCUGCAUAUCUAUGAAGACUAAAUAAAAAAUUAAAAAAACUUUAAAUCUAUGAAUUUGAAGACCCUAGAAACUUUCAGUACAGUUUGCACAUAUUUUAGAUUUUACUUUCUUUCCUCCUGCUAGUUUCACUUAACCCUGAGAAUCCCUUUCUUUUAAGCUGGUGUCAGCCUGCCUCUUCACGCUACUGCUUUAUUUGUAAAGAGAGGCAGAGCAUGUCUGGUUUGGAAAUCUCCAAACCAACAAACAGCUUUAUAUCUUUACAUUUUACUUGAUUUUCUUUCAUGUUAUCUUCCACCCACCAACAGUUUUAGUGGGCAUUUUACUUACUUUUAUCAAUAUUUGCCUAAACUUCCACACAUUGCUAUUUCUCUCUCUCUCUUUUUUUUAACACUCAAUUUGUAACUUUAGUUAUUUAGCCAAUAAAAAUUUUAAUAAAAUU